AUGGCACCUUUUAUAUUGACAGUGUCACAAGAUGGAACUGGAAACUACAGAACUGUACAAGAAGCCAUUGAUGCAGUGCCACUCGGCAACACUCGCCGGACGGUGAUAAGGAUAUCGCCGGGAACCUACCGGCAGCCACUAUAUGUUCCAAAAACCAAGAACUUGAUCACUUUUGCUGGUUUGUUUCCUGGAGAUACUGUUCUGACAUGGAACAACACUGCCAAUAAAAUUGAUCACCAUCAAGGUUGUAAGGUGAUAGGGAAUGGGACUUUUGGUUGUGGAAGUACUAUUGUGGAAGGGGAAGAUUUUAUUGCUGAGAAUAUUACGUUUGAGAAUUCUUCUCCUCAGGGUUCAGGACAAGCAGUGGCAGUUAGAGUAACAGCAGAUCGAUGUGCUUUCUACAAUUGCAGGUUCCUUGGAUGGCAGGACACACUGUAUUUACAUUACGGAAAACUAUAUCUGAGAGACUGUUAUAUUGAAGGAAGUGUGGACUUCAUUUUUGGUAAUAGCACUGCACUCUUGGAGCAUUGUCAUAUCCAUUGCAAGUCUGACGGGUUCAUAACCGCACAAAGCAGAAAAUCUCCACAUGAAAAAACUGGUUUUGUAUUCCUGAGAUGCGUUAUCACGGGCAAUGGAGGAAGUUCAUAUGCAUAUCUUGGAAGGCCAUGGGGACCUUAUGGAAGAGUGGUCUUUGCAUUUACUUAUAUGGAUCAAUGUAUAAAACAUGAUGGUUGGAAUAAUUGGGGGAAUAUUGAAAACGAAAGAAGUGCUUGCUUCUAUGAAUACAGGUGUUUUGGACUGGGUUUUGUUCCUUCGAAAAGGGUGAAAUGGACGAAAGUGUUAAAGGAUAAAGAAGUUGAACAGUUUCUCAUGCAUAGCUUCAUUGAUCCAGAACCACAAAAACCUUGGCUAGCUCAAAGAAUGGCCUUAAGGAUUCCAUAUUCUGCUUAG